UCUCCUCUCAUCUCCUGAUGAUGAUUAUUAGGACACUUUCUCUAUUCACUGUCCUCUCCGCUGUCUGCUGUUACGCAGAGGAGGUGAGGAGUAAAAGUAAAGUUUGUGCCAAUGUGUUCUGUGGAGCUGGGAGAGAAUGUGCUGUGACAGACAAAGGAGAACCAACCUGUCUGUGUAUCGAGCAAUGUAAACCCCAUAAGCGUCCAGUUUGUGGCAGUAAUGGGAAGACGUACCGUAAUCACUGUGACCUGCAUCGUGAUGCCUGUCUCACCGGACUCAAAGUGCAGGUCGCCCAUGAUGGACAUUGUGUAGAGAAAAAAAUGGAAAAAAUCGCCAACACCCCAAUUGUUUGCUACCUUACGGACCGUAAUGACUUGAGGAGGCAUGUGAUUGAAUGGCUGCAGUCUGAGGUGGAGCCUGACGGCUGGUUUUCUAAAGGAUCAAAUUUCUCAGAUGUCCUGCUCAAAUACUUCCAGAACUAUGAUAAUGGAGACGCUCAACUGGAUUCAACAGAAUUCUCGAAGUUCAUUCAGCAUAAUGAGACUGCAAUAAAUGUCACGUCUCCUUAUGCUGAAGAGGAGAACAACCGCUUACUCAGGAGUCUGUGUGUAGAUGCCCUCAUUGAGCUGUCUGAUGAGAAUGCUGACUGGAAACUGAGCUUUGAUGAGUUCCUCAACUGCCUCAGGCCUGGAUUCAACCCUCCAGAGAAGAAGUGUGCCUUAGAAGACGAGACAUAUGAGGAUGGUGCUGAGACUCAGAUGGAAUGUAACCGCUGUGUUUGUGCCUGCGGGAACUGGGUCUGCACUGCUGUUAUAUGUGAUGAUUCAAAUAAGUUACCUGAGCUUGAGAAACUGGAGGGAAAUUAUCAGGAGAUGACAGAGGAGGAGUGGACUCGGCGAGUGGCCGUACUCAAUAAACAUCAGGAAACUAUGGAGAAGAUGAAAUUGGCCAAGAGGUCUGAGGAGUAAUUCAGAAGGAGGGAUGAACUUUUGCCCAGAUUUCAGCUUUCAGUCAGUCAGGAAAGAUAAAGUUUAAUUUGUUUAGUUUAUUAUAAUAAUUAUUGACGUAUUCAAAGGUGUGUUCUCUUCUGUUAUAGUCUUUUUUUUUUAU